AUGGCCGAUGAAAGCCUCGACUACACUAUUCCCUUCCAACCGACCAAGACCAUCAGACGCGAUCCCUAUGAUUCCAUAUCACCAACAAAUCCCGAGCUCUCAGCAGCAGAGAAAGUGAUUAUCAUCACUGGUGGUGGGACAGACUUAGGUGCGGCCGCAGCCGAAGUCUGGGCAAGAGCCAGCGCUGAAGGCGUCGUUGUCGCUGGUCGACGCCUCAACAAACUACAAGAGACUGUUGCCGAUCUCGCCAAGGACACGGACGUUGGAAAGCUUUUCACUGAAACGAUUAGAACCUUUGGUCGCUCUCCUGAUGUCGUCAUGGCCAAUGCUGCCGUUGUUGCAGACGAGGCCAACGUCGGCGACUUUAGUCCUAAUAAUUGGUGGGAUUCCAUGGUAGGCAGCGGUUCCAUCAGCGAUGUGAAUGCUGUUAUUUUCGGAGAAUAG